GCUUAAGAUAUAAACAUCACUCUGAUCUCACGUUGUUUUUCUGCUCAAUCAUUUCAAUCAAAUACCAACAUCUUAUAUAGUCCUCACCAAAAUCUACCAAAAUCUACCAAAAUGGCUGAUCAAACCAAGAUUGCAACGCUCGAUAGCACACUUGUCGACCGUCUUCCUACCUCCUCCAAAACCCUCUUUGAGGCCAAAGCCACCAAAGCUUUAACCUUCGAAUCCAUCGCCAACCAACUUGGCCGCUCCGAGGUCGCUGUUGCUGCACUCUUCUACGGCCAAUCGCAAGCCUCUGCCGCCGACAUUGAGAAGCUUUCCCAAAUCCUCGACGUACCACAAUCAAAACUCGAGGCCGAACUCGGAGGUUUCCCAGACCGUGGACGUGCUGGUCCUAUGCCACCAGUUGAACCUCUCAUCUAUCGAUUGUAUGAAAUUGUUCAAAACUAUGGAUAUGCUUACAAGGCCGUUAUGAACGAAAAGUUUGGAGAUGGAAUUAUGAGUGCUAUUUCUUUCAGUACCAAGGUCGAGAAGGAGACCGAUGAUCAGGGAAACAACUGGGCAGUUAUUACUUUGAGAGGAAAGUGGUUGCCAUUCUCCAGAUUUUAAAUUGGCUUGCACUGGAAGGAGAGGAGGGAUUUCAACUGGAGGCUUUCUGAAGGAAAAAUAACAAGCUGAAGGGGCUGCCAAUAUGGCACCUGGGUUCUACGAUUAAUUAUGAAAAAUAUGAAGAAAUUAAUGAAUCAAUGAAUGUUUUACACGUCG